AUAUGGGUCAUAUCAGGCGACGAUUGGAUGGAUAAACUGCACGCUUGCAUAUCUCCGAAUGCGCUUCCUCCUUGUUACGGAGGGACCAUGUACGACGAUCAUCCGAUGAUCGAUCCCCAUACGUGCUGUACCAAGGCACAACCAGUGCGCAGCGAAGACUUCUUUAUUCCUAGCCACUUUCCGGAAGUCAAUAGAACAGUGCUCAAGUGUGGUGCAGUAUUUUCCGUGCCAGUUACAGUGAACGAAAAAGGUAGUCGAUUGUUGUGGCAGUUCAGCGUUUCCGGCCGAGUCGAGUUUGCUGUGCUGUAG